AUGGAACGAGGAUCCAGCAGGAGGUGGACGCUCGCAGCGCCGCUCCUGGCUUCGCUCGUAACGCGAGGCCAUUCUUUGGUGCAGCGGGCGCCAAGCGCGGAGCACUGCGGUCUGACGGCUGCCGCCUGUCCUGGGUCGCCGGUGCCUGCUGGCGAUCACUCCGCAUGUUCCGAGAGCAUUGUGUUCCAAGCACCCUGCGCGAGUGUUCAGCAGGAGAUUGAAGCGCGCAUUCGCCUCAACAUGGAUCGCAAGCAGCUUUUGGGCAACUACACCCUCUUAGACUCCGAGGCCGGCGCCUGCACCAAGGCAAGCCGGGCCACGAACCCACAUGCAGACCCAGGUCCCUUCACCGACCUCUUCGGGUUCCGCUACAUGUCAGCUGGAUCACACUGCCAUGUUCUGGGGUGCUCGGAGAGUCAGGUGGAGAGCCUCUGUGACUUUUCCACGAACUUCUGCAACAUGUUCAACCUCUACUGCAGCGAGGCAGAUGGCUGCGCAAGUGUCCACCACGACCUGAAGUACGACCCAGAGCAAUUCGGCCGGGCCUGUGAUCACACUGCCUUGUGUGGCGGCUACGAAACGGUCAAGUCCCAGUGCACCCGUCGAUGA